GUAGACAAUUGGCAUAAGAGAGAAUGUUGGAGAUGACCUCUUUAUAGAAGGGAGAGGGGCACUACCUUUUGUUCUUCAAUGUGGGAUUGGGGCCAUUUUAUAGCUCUUCCAGCAUCCGUAUGAACAGCAAGAAAUGGAUUUCGAAGAACAAACAACUGGUCUCGAGUCAGCCUUGAUUCAAGUUCCCCAAGAACAAUCAUUACUAUCAAGAAAACAAGUACCGGUCAAAGAUGAGAUUGUGGAGGAAGUGAAGAAGCAGCUGUUGUUAGCAGGGCCACUUGUCGCAUCAAAUUUCUUGCUAUUUGGCAUGCAGCUUAUUUCAGUCAUGUAUGUUGGUCAUGUUGGAGAGCUGGCCCUCGCAGGUGCUUCCAUGGCCACUUCAUUCGCUUCGGUGACUGGUUUGAGCUUGACGAGAGGAAUGGGUAGCGCGUUAGACACGUUCUGUGGCCAGUCUUAUGGUGCAAAACAGUAUCAUAUGCUUGGCAUACACAUGCAGAGGGCAAUGCUUGUUCUUCUUCUGGUAAACCUUCCCCUUGCAUUUGUAUGGGCCAAUGCUGGCCGCAUUCUUGAAUUCUUGGGUCAGGAUCCAGAAAUAUCAGCUGCUGCUGGCAACUAUGCUUGCUUAUUGAUACCUAGCCUUUUCGCUUACGCAAUCCUAGAAUCGCAUGCCAGAUUCCUGCAAACUCAAAACAAUGUGGUUCCUUUGAUUGUUAGCACAGGAGCUGCAACGCUUGUGCACUUGCUUAACUGUUGGGUUCUGGUAUACAAGACCAGCCUUGGAUACAGAGGCGCUGCUUUGGCAACCUCCGUCACGUAUUCAAUCAAUGCAUUGUUAUUGGCUCUUUAUGUCAGAGUCUCUCCCUCUUGUAAGCUCACAUGGACUGGAUUCUCAAAGGAGGCCUUUCAUGGAAUUCCCAAUUUUUUAAAACUAUCAAUUCCUUCAGCUGUAAUGGUCAGCUUAGAAGUCUGGUCGUUCGAAAUGAUAGUGCUCUUAUCAGGUUUUCUUCCUAAUCCAAAGCUUGAAACCUCAGCCCUCUCAAUCAGCUUUAACACAUGUUUAAUGGUCUACAUGAUUCCCCUGGCUUUCAGUGGUACAGUAAGCACAAGAGUUUCAAAUCAAUUGGGAGCUGGGCAACCACGAAUGGCGUGUAUAGCAAUAUGCGUUGCACUAUCCAUUGUUGUUACUGAAGGCAUUGUGGCUGCUGCAGUCAUGAUAUUGGCUCGAAACGUUUGGGGUUACUGUUACAGCAGUGAAAAAGAGGUUGUGAAGUAUGUUGGAGAAAUGUUGAUUUUUGUCGCACUAUCCCACUUUUUUGAUGGACCUCAAUCUGUUCUUUCAGGUGUCAUAAGAGGAAGUGGGCAGCAAAAGAUUGGGGCAUAUGUUAAUCUGGGAGCCUAUUAUCUUAUAGGAAUUCCUACUGCAGUCUUAUUAGCUUUUGUGCAGCAAAUUGGAGGGAAGGGUCUUUGGAUUGGAAUUAUUAUGGCGCUAUUUGUGCAAGCACUAUCUCUUGCAAUCAUAGUCAUAUGCACAGAUUGGGAGAAAGAAGUGAAGAAAGCUUCUGAUAGAGUGUUCAACAGAGUGACCGUGGCUGAGUCGUCAAGCUGAUGCAGAAGUCAUGAUCAUAGCUAGAUUGUAUAAUUCUGAGCCAAAUUCAGAAAUAAAAGAGUUAAAAAAAUAAUGAAGGCUCUUCUGCUUAGUUAUGUGCAUAAUUUUUUUCAUGGGAGAUAUUUUGAUAGAUGUUGGAAAUUCAGGUGAAGACUCUCCCCUGUUUCAUAUUUGCAAGAAACAAAAUGCGCCCCAUUCAGUCGUUACUUUGUCAGUAAGCAGAGCUGGCAAACCUUUCUGCUCCAUUUAUAGAGGAGUCCAAAAUCACUAUUGGUGCAUUAAAUUCAUG